CAAGAGCGGGAGAGACAUGGAGGAGGAGGCGGCGGCGGAGAAGGCCGGGGCUGAGGCCAGGCGGCGAAGGAGCCGGCGUCACUCAAGCGGGCAUCGCAGCUCGGAGCGAUCGCCGAGUCCCGGCCGGCUGGACGUGAGCUCGCCGCGCUUCGACCCGCUGCUGGCGUUGUACUCGGAGCGCACCCCGUUGCCUUACCCGGCCGCGCCUUGCUUCAACAACCUGGCCGAGUACGAGAGCUUCCAGCGCGGCCUGCUCCGCGCCCCGAGUCGCUCGCGAACAGCCGCCGGCUGCAGCAGCCGCUCCGCCGGGACGCGUGCUCGGAGCCGGGCCGGCCGAGCCACCGCCGAUCCCGAACGCCUCCAACGGCUCCGCAACCUCAUGUUGGUCAAGGAGCCCGAGCCAGAAGCGGCGGAGAGAGCGAGGGCGCGGGGCAGGAGAGCGCCGCGCAACGUCCUCACCAAGAUGCCCCUUCAUGAAGGCAGUCCACUUGGGGAACUCCACCGCUGUGUCCGUGACGGCGUAAAGGUCAAUGUCCAUAUCCGAACUUUCAAGGGGCUUCGUGGUGUCUGCACUGGAUUCUUGGUUGCAUUUGACAAGUUCUGGAAUAUGGCCCUGACUGAUGUAGAUGAGACAUACCGAAAACCAGUGCUGGGUAAAGCUUUCUAUGUGGAGCCACAGUUGACCCUCACCAGACUCUUCGACAGACUGAGAUUGCAGGAGUCCUUGGUUAAAAGAGAAGCCUAUUCAAAGACAACCACGGACUUGCCAGCCCUUCCAUGUGAUCCAAGGACAUCGAGGAGGAAAUCUGAGUCAGGUAGGGGAAGAUCAGAGGAGAAACACGGAGCAAAGAAGCACGCCAGCAGAGAGAGGACACGAAGCUCCAGUUUGCCAAAAGUCUCUGGGAGAGACAUGGAUUUGCCCAGCAGAAUCUCCCAAGUAGAGGAGAAGAGCAAAAGAGGCCGUUCCCAAAAGAAGCAGAGGCCCAAAGUGGAUUAUCAGCAAGUGUUUACACGACACAUAAACCAGAUUUUCAUUCGAGGAGAAAAUGUGCUGCUUGUUCACCUGGCACAUUGAUCUCAUUGACUGAUUCCAGGCAUAGCAGCGCAGCAGUGAAAAGAGACAGUAUUUUAAUUCUUUUUCCUUUUAGCCAAAAGAGGGAGAGGAUUAUAGACCUAGAGACUUGAGCCAAUUGUCUGUUUGAGUGGACUAGAAUUUAUCUACACCUGAUGUAGUCUCUCCCAAAACAGAUGUCCUAAACUUUGGGAGAUACACAGGCUGUGUGGCUUGGAUGUGGAGCAACUUUCCUUAUACAGUAAAUAUUUAAAUUCUGCAGUAUAUACAACAGGCUAAGUGGGUCUGGAAAAGCCACAUGACACUGAUACUUCCAUGACAAAUGUGAAUUAAGGGACAGAAUGCUGCAAGCUUGUGAAAAAGAGUUACAGUUGUAGGACUUAGCUUGCUUGAAGCCAUCUCUCUCUUCUCCAUACACUAUGCACAGGGGCCCCCAAAGGACUGGUCCAGCUUUGCAUUGCAGGCCCUAAAGGAGUCCCAUUCUCUGAAAACAAAUGGAAAGAAAAAGGAGUUUGCAUUGCAACUAGUCUAAUUUUUUUUAAAAAAACAACAACUUUCCUUACCAGUUCAUCUUUUUUCUUUUUCAGUGACUGAAAGCCGUCUUUGACUUUUCGUUUGAUAUUUAUAAAAACUGGGCCUUCCCCCCAAUUUUCUCUACUUGUUUUCCUACCUAUUUCUACCUGCAAGACAAUAGGUGCGGCUUCUCUGGUUUGAGCUUGCUUCAGUGUAUUUUUCAACAACCCAGAACUUGUAGCUUUUUUUUCAUCCAUUUUUCUGUCUUUAACAAUAGAGACUAAGAUAUACGUAUGCGGUUUAAAAAAAAGAAAAUGUUGAAUGUAUGCUUGAUGUUGCUAUGUACUAUCUUGGUGGCUUUGGGAAUCUGAUUUCCCAGCAACUUUUAGUAACUGCAGAAAAUACCUAGUUUGCAAUAUCUACUGGGAUUUUUCCAAUUCUUUUUUGGGCUCUCAGUUAUCCUUCUCAGAUACUGCUUGUUCUUCAGAAGCAUGUUUAAAGCUGCUGAAAAGAAUGCAUGAUGAUUUGCCCAAAAAUUGGUGCUAUUCGCUGCACCUAUGUAUCUAUCCUUCAGCAUCUGUCAGAUUGGUGCAAGAGGUAACAAUGCAUGUAUAUGGACCAUGCCAUGAAAAUGUUUAGGGCACUAUAAAAUAGCAACUCUGCUUAUGGGGAGUGUGUUAAACACAUCAAUAGCUAAAGAAGAUUCCUUUAAGUAGGAGAAAUGCCAUAAGAUCUUUUACAAUUUUAUUAAAAUUGAAUUCCAAAGCAUCUAUAAAAUCAUAAUGAAUACAAUACAUUUCGUGAGUCAUUCUGCAUUUCUAAAAUAACUAGAAAAUCUAAUGACUGAGUUGCGUUAGGCAAAGGUCAAUUGUGAUAUAUUUUUGUCUGAAUGCCAAAACCAAGUGCAUUUUGCCUUAUAUUCUCCAGCGGGUAAAAAUCAAGUAUUUGAGGGAGGGAGAAAUCAUCAGAUUGUUUUUUUUUUUUACAGAUAAUAUUUUGGGGUAUCAGAAGCAUAUUAGAAAGCGUGCAGCUUUGCUGUUGCAUGUGAUGCUUAACAGGCAAUUAAAACACUGUUAAACACUUUCCUAGGGUGGCUAAAAGUUUUGCCACCAUUCCACCAGGAACUAAUGGAAAACCAAUUUCUUUUUGGGAUGCUGGAGCUGUGAAUUGCAUAAAACAGGGAAGCCCGUGGAAGACUCACAUCAAGCCCAUCUUUUUUGGAGCUCUGAACAAAGAUAAAAAUAAUCAUGAAAGGCGAUUUUCAAUGCAAAUGCAUGAGGAGAAAGUUGAGUGGCUCCCACUCUCAAGUUUUACUUUAAAUUAGGUUAAAGUGUGACAAUGCACGUAACAUUUAACUGUCCCUAGUGUUAAAUGACUCAAAACAUCAAAUUUUAUGUCAACAGUGUAAUCCGGUGCAUGGUAGUAAAUAUGAUAAAGUGAAGGAAAGGAACUAGGAAGCAAUAUGUGUGGGAUGCAAGCAAAUUUUUGUGUAAUUGUAUUUGUUUGAACAAAAAUGGGAAUGAUAUAUGCAAAAUGUGUGUCUUCCAUAGUAUCUUCUUUCUUUGCUAUUCUAUGUUUUUUUUUAAAAAAAAUUAGUAUAUGGUUUGAUGUGAGAUAGCUUCAGUUUCUGCAGGAACCUCUAGUUGUCCUUUCUCAUGUGACUUUCUCCAACCUCUCUGUAAUGUAUAACAUCAUGAGGUUCUUUCCAAAAUAGUCUUCUCUGGUGCCUUCAGAUAUAUUUCCUAGGACAUGCAUCUAGAUUGAUAGUUAAGAGUCCGUUCACAAAAGCUCAGUAGAAACUUCAGUGAUAUCAUGUGUAACAUUACAUCAUCCACUCCCUGUGGACUCUUUAUUGUAAGAGUCUUAUGGCUGGAUCCAUGUUUGAUAUCAAUUUUGACUUCUCUUGGAUGACCACAAAGUUUUACUAUUCCUCAGGAGUUCUUUAACUCACUCGAUUACUUUUUGAAAAAUUUUCCCUUCUUUUUUGAACAUUAAUACCAUGUCUUCUAGAAUUUUUGACAGAUUCAUAUACUUCAGCAAUAGGGUCAAAAGCUUAUAUUAGACUGGAUUAUUCAAAUUUAGUUGUAUGAUUUUCCAUUAAUGAGACAUUUCCAUGUUUGAACCAAAUACACUGUCAGUAUAAUAUAUACACUAUAUAUUAGUUAACAUGCAUUCUCCCUUUUUUUUGACAUCAAAAGCUGAAUAUACACUUCAGUGUUUUGAUUCAGUUUACCUGUUUGCAUCAUUCUCAGCUCUUUAUUUUGAUUUUUUUUU